AUGACACCACCAAUCGACCCCCUCCGCGCACGCAUCUUCUCCGAACUAAACCUCCAACUAACACACCCCUCGAUCCCCAAACCCCUCCUCAACGAAUGCUCAAAACACCUCGCUUUCCUCGUGCGGUACUACGCCAACGACCCUGACUGUAAUCCGCUGAGAGUCAGUGUGCCGAUUGUUGAGGUGCCUGUUGUUGUACCUCGUGUGGGCAUGGCAGAGGAAGAGGGGGAGGAGGAAGAUGAAGAGGACGUAGAGAUAGAGAUAGGCUUGAAAAUCGCGUUGGUAGUUUUCGAGGAGAAGAAGAGGAAAAGCUCUGUACAGACAAGGAUGGAGGGAUUGCGGAAGAUGAAAAUGGAGAGAUUGUAUGGCGUGGGUAAGGUACUUGGGGAGGAGGAGGAAACUGAAGACGACUCGACACCAACGAUGAAGAUGAAGAGCGAUGACAAGGCUGGUGGUCCCGUUAGUAAGAUCGCCGGAUUUCGACAUUGUCUUCCUGCGUCGGCCUCUGGUACUGGUACUGGUACUUCUGCUUCUGCUUCUGCUUCAUCUCCAGCCGCGAAGCCAAGGAUGCGCGUACUGAUCGAGACGACUGGUACGCUGGGACAUUACAAGUGCUUGGUUGCUAAGCUUUGUGGCAUGGCCGAGCGUGUCAUAGCCGGACUGCUGGACGGUGAUGAGGAUAUGGUGCGUGCGUGCGAAGAGGUCAGGAGGAAUAAAGGUAAGAACGCGAGUGCAGAUGUGGGAAAGAGACCGGUGUGGGAUGUUGAGGCAUGUGGGGAGUGGUGUUAA